AUGAGUCAGGAUCCGGCUGAGCAGAACAUCCAGAUGUGGAAGGUCAAGAAGCUCAUCAAGAGCCUUGACUCUGCCAGGGGCGCUGGCACUUCCAUGAUCAGUCUCAUUAUUCCCCCGAAGGACCAAAUUUCGCGGGUGAAUGCAAUGUUGACACAAGAAUAUGGUACGGCGUCGAACAUCAAGUCUCGUGUAAAUCGCUUGUCUGUGCUGGCUGCCAUCACCAGUACCCAGCAGCGUCUCAAGUUGUACAAUCGUGUACCGCCUAAUGGCCUUGUGCUCUUCGUGGGGACGAUCUUGACCGACGAAGGCAAAGAAAAAAAGGUAUCCUUCGAUUUUGAGCCCCACAAGCCUAUCAAUACGUCUUUGUAUUUGUGUGACAACAAGUUUCACACCGAGGCGCUCCAGGAGCUACUCGAGUCCGACUCAAAAUUCGGCUUUAUCGUCAUGGAUGGAAAUGGCACAUUGUUUGGUACUGUAGCCGGCAACACGCGUGAGGUCAUCCACAAGUUCACCGUUGAUCUUCCGAAGAAGCACGGCCGUGGUGGUCAAUCUGCCCUGCGUUUUGCCCGUCUGCGUGACGAAAAACGGCACAACUAUGUGCGGAAAGUCGCCGAGCUUGCCGUGCAACACUACAUCACGAACGACAAGGUCAAUGUGACGGGGCUGGUGCUAGCCGGAAGUGCGGAUUUCAAAACCGAAUUGAGCCAGAGUGACAUGUUUGAUGGGAGAUUGGCCGCGAAAGUUAUCAAGGUGGUUGAUGUCAGCUAUGGUGGAGAGAACGGCUUCAACCAGGCGAUUGAAUUGGCUGCAGAGUCGCUUGCAAAUGUAAAGUUUGUGCAGGAGAAGAGGCUUAUCCAGAAAUACUUCGACGAGAUCAGCCAAGAUACUGGCAAGUACUGUUUUGGUAUCGACGACACGCUCAAAGCCCUGGAACUUGGUGCCGUGGAGACGCUCAUCGUCUGGGAGAACUUGGACAUUACGCGAUAUGCGCUCCGCAAUGCCGCCGGUGAGGAGAUUGUUGUCCAUGUCAACAAGGAACAAGAGAAGGACCGCGAAAAGUUCACGGACAAGUCCACCGGCACGGAGAUGGAGCAGGUUGUUGAGCCACAGUCGCUCCUCGAGUGGUUCGCGGAGAAGUACAAAGACUUUGGCGCGAACCUGGAAUUUGUUACCAACCGCUCUCAGGAGGGUGCGCAGUUCGUGAAGGGCUUCGGUGGGAUUGGUGGGCUGCUGCGGUAUAAGGUCGACUUCACGAACCUCGCAAGCGUCGACGACGAGGACGAAGACGAGUUCAUGAGCGACGAAGAUGUUAUCUGA